CUCUCUCUCUGAUCCGUUCCUCGCAUAACCAUAACUCGGAUCUUCGACUCGUUUCCUCCCAGCCCGAGCCACCCAACUCGCUCAUCAUGGCGCGGGCACAGACUCACCUCCUUCUCCUCAUCACCACCACCAUUUUCUCCCUCGCCCCUUGCUGCGUUGCCGGCGACCCCCUGCUCCUCCGCAACAGCCAUCGAAGCUCCCACACCGCAAUGGUCCUUCCAUUGUACCUCUCUCCACCGAAUUCCUCCACCUCAGCGCUCGAUCCUCGUCGCCAGCUUCAGGGAUCCGAGUCCCAGCGCCACCCUAACGCUCGCAUGAGGCUCCACGACGAUCUCCUCCUCAAUGGGUAUUACACGACGCGGCUUUGGAUCGGUACUCCGCCGCAGAUGUUUGCGCUUAUUGUCGACACUGGGAGCACAGUUACGUAUGUUCCUUGCUCCACUUGCGAACAGUGUGGCAGCCACCAGGAUCCGAAGUUCCAGCCAGACUCAUCAAGCACUUAUCAAGCUGUCAAAUGUACAUUGGAUUGCAACUGUGACACUGACAAGAACCAAUGUGUGUAUGAGAGACAGUAUGCUGAAAUGAGUUCUAGCAGUGGUGUCCUUGGCGAGGAUGUCAUAUCCUUUGGAAAUCAGAGUGAGCUUUCCCCACAGCGAGCUGUUUUUGGUUGUGAAACUGUUGAGACUGGUGAUCUUUAUAGCCAGCAUGCUGAUGGCAUCAUGGGAUUGGGCCGUGGAGAUCUUAGCAUCAUGGAUCAACUAGUUGAUAAAAAUGUAAUAAGUGAUUCAUUCUCUCUAUGCUAUGGUGGAAUGGAUGUUGGUGGAGGCGCAAUGGUUCUUGGUGGCAUAUCUCCCCCAUCGGGCAUGGUCUUUGCAAAUUCAGAUCCUGUGCGAAGCCCAUAUUACAAUAUCGAUUUGAAGGAGAUACAUGUUGCGGGGAAGAAACUGCCUCUAGACCCACAGGUUUUUGAUAAGAAACAUGGAACUGUCUUGGAUAGUGGUACGACUUAUGCUUACCUACCAGAAGCUGCAUUUCAUGCAUUUAAAGACGCUAUUGAGAGGGAACUUAAUUCAUUCAAGCAAAUCAGUGGUCCAGAUCCAAAUUACAAUGAUAUAUGUUUUUCUGGUGCUGGAAGUGAUGUUUCUCAACUCUCGAAAAGCUUUCCAGUGGUUGACAUGGUAUUUGGAAAUGGUAUGAAGUAUUCACUGUCACCUGAAAAUUACAUGUUCCGGCAUUCAAAAGUGCGAGGUGCUUAUUGUCUAGGGGUAUUCCAGAAUGGAAAGGAUCCAACUACUCUUUUAGGAGGUAUCGUUGUCCGAAACACUCUUGUUACAUAUGAUCGUGAGCAUACAAAAAUUGGUUUCUGGAAAACUAAUUGUGCUGAGUUGUGGGAAAGAUUACAAGUCUCCAAUGCCUCACCGUUGAUGCCUCCAAAUUCAGGAGUAACAAAUUCAUCCCAAACAUUUGAACCUUCGGUUGCUCCAUCUGCAUCACAGCAUAAUGCACCUCCAGGUGAAAUCCAAAUUGCACAAAUAACACUUGCAAUUUCAUUUAACAUCAGCUACGUGGAUAUGAAGCCUCGCAUUCCUGAAUUGACUGGGCUCAUUGCUCAUGGGUUAGAUGUUAAUACUUCUCAGGUUCACUUGCUGAAUUUGACUUCUUUUGGAAGUGAUUCCAUAUCUAGAUGGGCCAUAACCCCAAGUGCACAUGCAAGUUACAUUUCUAACACAACUGCAAAGAAUAUAAUUGGUCGGCUUGCUGAACACCAUGUGCAACUUCCUGGCACCUUUGGGAGUUAUAAGUUGAUUGAUUGGAAUGUUGAGCCUUCAUCAAAACGGAAUUGGUGGCAGCAAUACUAUUGGGUUGUGGGUUUAGCCGUUUUGAUCGCAUUGCUUAUAGGAUUAUCGGCAUUUGGAAUAUUCGUAAUUUGGAAAAGAAGACAGGAAAGCGCACAUACUUACAAGCCAGUGAAUGCGGCUGUUCCAGAGCAAGAACUACAGCCAUUAUGAGCUAUAUAUAUAAUGUUAUGCAGCUGCUGCUUGCUAUCUUUGCUUGAUUGGUGUCAGUAGCAUAUCCAACUUCUAUCAAGGCUCAAUUUGUGCAAACCUGGUCAAUCAACUGAUUAGAUUUUUUUUUUUAACAACGAUUAUUCUGCUCACGAUAACCAGUGAUCAUUGAAUUCUGAUAGAGGCACAGAAAAUUCUCUAGAUAUUCCAUCAUCUGUAAAACGCUAUUUUCUUUUUCUUAUUUUUGUGAAUAUUGUAAUAUACAGGUGAAUGAUACAGUGGCAGCAUACAGUUGAGAUGCAAUUUCAUAUAUUGUAAUUUUUGCA